AUGCAUUUUACAAUAGUUUCACAUGGUAAACCAGCAACAUUUCGAGAUAAUCAACCAAAGCCAUGUUGUGUACCUGACCAAUUUAGUGCUCUUAUCAGUGGAUCGGAUGUCAUAGAAGUACCGAAUGUUGGACCGGUGGCUCUUUAUGGCGCUUUUAAUUUUUCAUACGAUGCAAAUCGUGGUAUGUAUGGAAUGAAGGGUAGAACUUAUUCAGUAAUAGACAAAACGGACACAUCUGUAUGGAUUAUUGGAACUAUUUCUGAAAAACAAACUUAUGCAAUAGAUCUAAAUUCAAAAAAAUGUGUUAAAGAUUCGAUUUCAGUUGCACCAUUUCGUUGUAUACCAGAAUCCGCAACUUAUUUGUAUUCAUCUAUGUAUGGUUUCGGUGAUAACCAAUUUAAAGGAGAUACAUGGUUUAUAGAAGAUAACAAUGCAGUUAGCUUUGUAACUGUUAGUAGUGAUGGUAAUUGCAUUCCACUGAAUGGUAACAAUUUCAUUUCGACUCCUCCUGGAAUUAGUACUAUGACACUUGCAAAUUAUGUACCAAAAAUUAAUGAUCCAAGUAUAUUUGAUAUUCCAGAUGAAUGCAAAAAUGCUGUUUAG